AUGGGCCAGUGGGACUUGGUCGGCUUGUCGGGUGUGAGUGCCAUGCACGGAACCCUCAUCCCUAACACCAACAGAAUUGUGUUUCUGGAAAAGGUUCAGAAAUCAUCAAACGCUUAUUUGCCAGACGACACCAGUAAGUAUUCAUGGUCAGUCGAAUACGACAUUGGCGAGGCGACCUUCAGGUCUCUGCACACAAAGACCAAUUUGUUUUGCUCAGCAGGAGGGUAUCGUCCAGAUGGCACAAUCAUUUCUCUGGGCGGAGCCGAGGCACAAGCAGAUAUUGCAAAAGGAUGGAACUCAUUGCGCUUCCUAUCCGCCUGCAGCAACGCUACCACAUCGAAAUGCGACUGGGAUAUUCGCGACGAUAUCACACUCAAGGCCGGACGCUGGUACCCGACUGUCGAGGCCCUCGCAGACGGCCGGCUCUUCAUUAUUGGUGGUUCAAGCCGGGGUGUAUCCAUGAACUCUGAGGAGGUCGGUGUCCCCUCCUGGGAGCUGUACCCGCCCCUGCCCUCCAACCCGACUCACUUUCCAUUUCUGUUAGAGACCCUACCUUACAAUCUGUAUCCUAUGGUACAUUUGAUGCCAGAUGGGAACCUAUUUAUCUUUGCCAACACGAGAGCUGUCCUCUUCUCCACUAAGACGUGGUCUAUCAUAAAGAACUACCCCGAGCUCCCAGGACCUCCGCGCAAUUAUCCGCUUUCCGGCGGAAGCAUCCUUCUUCCUCUUCGACCCGAAAACAAUUAUGAACCUGAAGUGCUGAUUUGUGGUGGAGCAACCGACUUUAGUUCUCGUGCGAAGGGGCAGGAUCAAUGCGGACGCAUCAAACCUUUGAGUGAAGACCCUGACUGGAUUAUGGAAGACAUGCCAUUUGGAAGAAUGAUGCCUGAUCUUGUUAUUGUCCCAGACGGAUCGGUCCUCAUAUUUAACGGCGCCAACAAGGGCACUGCAGGAUAUGGCCGCGCGAAGGAGCCUGUUUUGCAGCCCCUCAGGUAUCAGCCCUGGGAUAGUGAUGAGACCAAGCAGGCAAACACCCGUUUUAUGGCCCAGAGCCCUAGCUACAUUCCUCGGCUGUACCACUCGAUUGCGAUGCCCGUCUUGGACGGUCGAGUCCUAGUCACGGGCUCUAACCCGAAUGCCAACUCGAUGGACUGGGGCGAGUUCCCUGUCGAGUUCCGUGUCGAGAUGUUCUCUCCUGGAUACCUCUUUGCAGACGUACCACGCCCGCUUCUGAAGGCCGAGACCACCAUUGGAAGGACGAUCCAUCAACCCAGCGCACUGACAGUCCUGGAAGUGCAAGUAGCCAAGCAGAGUCCAGAGCGUGGGCAGGGUGACGGAGAUACGAACGAGAACGUGAUUUCGUACGAUACCGAGUUUGAAAUUGAAGUCGAAUUCUACGCAAGCGUCAUGACGGAGAGCCAGGUGGUCACGCCAAAGGGUAACCCUGGUAACUAUACACCGUCGAGAGUUCAGGUCAGCUUACUGAAUGGUGGAUUUUCAACUCACUCGACCCAUAUGAGCCAUCGCUUGGUUGGACUGGAAAUUGUUGGUUAUAAGCGGACACCUGGAGCUCUUGACCGAUUGAAAGUUAAGGGACCCAAGAAUAGUGCGCUGGCACCCCCUGGCUGGUAUCAGAUGACGGUUGUCGAGAAUGGUGUGCCCAGUGAGGGUACCUGGAUCCGUAUUCUUCAGUAG